CGGAAGCUGAGAGAGAGAUUGAGUGACCGUGCUGCCUGCAGACCAAAAGAGCCUUCAUGUCUCCAUCAGAUCCCAGUUUGAUUUAAAGUCUGAGUCCGAGUCCAGCUUCAUCAGGAUCUGAACACAUCCAGGAAGGAAACAUGUCUUCAGGAUCAGAACCAAGGCAAAGAAGAGACAGCAAAGAACAUCCUCCUGAUAUGUCUGAAUUAAAGGACAAACUCAAACAACAUGCAGCUUCAUUCAUCAGAGAGUUUGACAGCAGUGAACACAGGAUGAGACAGAUAGUUAGAGAGUUUAGGGAGAUCUCUGAUGGAGUCAGAGAGACCCAGGAGGGACCAGGGACAUGGGUCAGGCACUCGGCAACAGGAGGAAUGGGACUCCAGGGCUUUGGAGGUCUGUUAGGUUGGGGGGCGAGUCUGUUAGGAGGGUUAGUAGGAGCAGCUGCUGCUGGUGGAGGAGGUGCUACUGUUGGAAGAUCUGGUCUUGUUGAAGGUGCUGUUGGAGGUGCAAGAAACCCAAAGAAAGUGGAUGAAAGUCCAGAAAGAGUAGAAGAACUGGGGGAAGAGUUCAAGAAGAUCAUUGAACGGCUGAAGAACGACCUGAGAGAAAUAAAGAGGAUGUGUGAGAAGUUGGAGCAAAGAUCAGCUGAAGUUCAGGCUGAAAAGACUCUGAGAGACAUGGAGGAGUUACAGAGCAUUCUGAGACGAGUGUGUGAAGAUAGAACAGGAAGAGGAAUCAGGAUUUUGGCUGAUCUGUGUAAGACGGUAGUUGAUGCCUGUGAAAAUAUGAAGAAAGAUCUCAAAGGCUUCACAGAAAAGUAAAGAUAGAAGCUGCAGUGUGUGGAGAGUGUGGCCUUGUUUCUUCAUAAGUUCUCACUAAAUCUGCAGUUUGAGAUAUAGAAUUUAACAUUUUGGACACAAAUAUUCCUCUGGUCCUAAUUAUUAAAACAAAAACUAUUUCUUAUUAUUCUGACUGAAACAUGAUGUAACCGUGUUGGAUUCAGACCUAAAAGGUUAAAGAUAACCCAGGGUGGAUAAACUGCCGUUUGUCAUGUGACCAAUGACGGUGCUACACCAGGGCUAGUCUCUCAUGUCCAGACCUUCCUCCGCAAUGCUGUGGAGGAAGGUCUCUCAUGUCCAGACCUUCCUCAACCAUGCUGUUGUUCCUCCACCUUCUCGUAUUGAGUAAGAUGUUCAGACCGGUGAUAUGAUAUAUGUCAACCCUGUACCAUGACUGAACACUGCGACAAAAAAAACUGUGUGUGUGUGUUUCUAGAGUUGAACUGUACUCUAAGUGUGCUGUUGGCUCUCCUGUGUUUUUACUUAACUGCUUGUUUUUAACUACUAUGGACACCACGUCAUCUAUAGUCCUGUUACAUUUCUUUUUUAAAUUGUUAUUUUUAUAAUUGCCAUACCUGCCCAGGGACU